CUUCUCGGGGUCUCCCCCCCUCCUUGUUGCUAAGGCCCAGGCCGUCAUCCCAGCAACAGCCUCAGUCAUGUGACCGGCAAUGGCGGCGCUGACGAGAGGUGCAUCUGGCCUUGAAGGGACUAUGAUGGAGGCACAAAUGGAGAGCCACUCCCCUUGGGAUCAGUCAAGGAAUUGAGGUCACCCUAAUGGGUCCUCUUUCUAUUUGAGCUGCAUUUGGAGGUGUAGUAGAGACACCUUUGUAGCUGAACAUGGCAAGACUCAGGGGAAACCUCAGACUCCUCCAGUGGAUCCCCUGUGUGAGCCCACCCCUUCCUAAAUGCAGACUAGGUUGCUGACAGGCUUGCACGUGUGUGCUGGGUUUAAAAGUCCUGGUCAGCUGAGUGUGGAAAUAGAGGGAUUUCUGCUGCUAUCAUCGUCCAUGGGCUUUCCAGGUCACACCACCUACAAGUAGAGAGCAGGGACAGAGAGAGAGCCUGCAUGCCAUUUCUAAGCUCUUCAGGAUCAAAAAUGGCAGCCUGUGGAGGCACCUGCAAGAACAAAGUGACUGUCUCCAAGCCUGUGUGGGACUUCCUGAGCAAGGAGACCCCAGCCCGGCUGGCCCGGCUUCGGGAGGAGCAUCGUGUAUCCAUCCUCAUAGAUGGCGAGACUUCUGACAUCUAUGUUCUCCAGCUUUCCCCGCAGGGCCCUCCCCCGGGUCCUCCCAAUGGGCUCUACCUGGCCCGGAAGGCUCUCAAGGGGCUGCUAAAAGAGGCAGAGAAAGAGCUGAAGAAAGCUCAGAGGCAGGGGGAGCUUAUGGGCUGCCUGGCUUUGGGGGGUGGGGGGGAGCACCCUGAGCUGCACCGCCCAGGCCCACCCCCUCUCCGAGCAGCCCCGCUCCUGCCCCCAGGGGCACGGGGUCUUCCACCCCCUCCUCCUCCUCUGCCCCCUCCUCUUCCUCCCCGCCUUCGGGAGGAGGCAGAAGAGCAGGAGAGCACCUGCCCCAUCUGUCUGGGGGAGAUCCAGAAUGCCAAAACAUUGGAGAAGUGUCGGCACUCUUUCUGCGAAGGCUGCAUCACCCGGGCCCUACAGGUGAAAAAGGCCUGCCCCAUGUGUGGCCGCUUCUAUGGGCAGCUGGUGGGCAACCAGCCCCAGAAUGGGCGGAUGCUGGUCUCUAAGGACGCCACACUCCUACUGCCCAGCUAUGAGAAGUAUGGCACCAUCGUCAUCCAGUAUGUCUUCCCACCCGGUGUCCAGGGGGCUGAACACCCAAACCCAGGGGUCCGGUAUCCUGGCACCACAAGGGUGGCCUACCUCCCGGACUGCCCUGAGGGCAACAAGGUGCUGACCCUGUUCCGCAAGGCAUUUGACCAGCGUCUCACCUUCACUAUUGGCACGUCCAUGACCACAGGGAGACCAAAUGUCAUCACCUGGAACGACAUCCACCACAAGACCAGCUGCACAGGGGGACCCCAGCUGUUUGGGUACCCGGACCCCACCUACCUGACCCGAGUGCAAGAGGAGCUGAGAGCCAAGGGUAUCACAGAUGACUGAAGGACAUCCCCUUUGCCAAGGCCCCUGCCUUUCUCCUCCACUAGGACCCAACGGAAGCCUCUGUUCUCCUCUCUCCUUCUGCCCCCCACAUCCCAGGAGUAGGGGACCUGACUGACUGGGGAAGGAGUUCAGAGAGGGAGGGGGCAAGCCCUUCCCCUGUCCCCCACAGGCCAAGUGCUUCAGUGCAGUGUGAGCCACUCCCUUCUGGCAGAGGCUGAUCUCAAGGCUCUGCUCUCCUCAUCCCCUGUACAUACUCCCAGUCCUCCUGCCCCCUCCAUUGCCCUUGUCUUUUUCUGGUAUGUGCUGUGCUCCAGUGACUAAGCUGAGAAAGGACCUGGGUGGGGAGGAGAGGGUCUCUUGAACACCCACCCCACCACCACCACUGCUCCACUGCCGAACUUUGGAGGAGGGGAGGGCAAUUUGGUUGGUGUGCGCCCCGUGGAGCCGGCCCUGUGUGUUCUUCAGAAGCAAUUCUCCAUCUACCUUGACCUUGUCCUUUCCUGUGUCUCUGUUCCUGUCAGUCUGUCUUUAUUCCGCUCUUCUCUGCCCCCCUAUAAGGAGCCUCCUUUACCCUGUUCUGGAAUUGCCGCCAGACUGUAGCUUUUAAUUUAAUAAAAAUAAAGUAAAAUAUGCAACUCUC